CAGUUCCAGCUUACGUACAAAUACGACUUAAGGACAGAUCUUGGGAACGGAACUCGUUCUGAAAUAGAGGACUAUUUGUACACGUGGGAGGGGGAAUGGAAAACCCUCAGAGCGAGGAGGAAUUCCCUCCUGGCUGAGGUUGCAGGAGUGCCCUCCCUUUGCUCCCUCUUUCAUUUUCACCGGGAGAGGAAGUCACUCCGUAAGGGAGCCGAUUGCCCGGACUUCGACAUGGCUGCCUCAAUUGCAGUUGCCGGGGAACAGAGACUUUCUGACAACAUCUCAUGCAUCCUCCGAAUUGGAAAAGCCCUGUUAUGCGGAUUGAUCAAGACUCUCUGGCAGCAAUAUGCAGCUUGCCCUCACCAUCUGGCCUCUCUGGAGCAACCUGGCAGGGACAACAUGCCAGUGGAGCAAGUGAACGAGGAAGAUGUGUCAGAUUCUGCCCAGGUGUAUUCACUGCAAGAGCACAUGCUCCGCAUAUUGCAGGAACUCCGAAAUAAUGCAGAGAUCACUAGAAUGGCAGAAAGAGUCAUCGGUGAAAAGCCACUCCAGGCCCUGGCCGAAAUAUCAGACGAAAUGUUUGCUACUGGAAUCAACUGGGGUCGUAUUGUUGUCUUCUUCUACUUUACGUACAAAGUUAUCACUCAGUCUGCCUCCAGCUUCUUCAUGGAUGCGAUGGACUGGGCCAUGAACUUCUUAAGGGAUCGGCUGGCUGCCUGGAUCCAGCAGCAGGGAGGCUGGAACAGUCUGCUAAAUUUUUCCCCGUCGUCAGAAUAGAAAUCUGGAGAGAUUGGGGCUGCACAUUUGAAAAGACGAUGCAAUGCUUUUCUCAUUCUUGCUGUGUGGAAGGCUAAGGAAAUUAUUGAUUCCUCUUGGGAGGAUUUCACCCUGACCAAAAAUAAUAAUGAAGUGAAACUGUU